AUGGCUGGUGGUGCUGUCGCCGAUGUCGGCGUCACCUCGUCGAUCCCCGCCGCUCGCCCCGAGAACUGGAAGCAGUCGAUUCCCGCCAUCCUCGUGGCCGCUGCCUCCGCUUUCGGUGGUGUUCUCUUCGGUUAUGACACCGGUACCAUCUCGGGUCUCCUCGUCAUGGACAACUUCAAGGAGACCUUCGGUCAGCGUAUGGCCAACGGCGUCGUUGACCUUACCACCAACGACACCUCGCUCGUUGUUUCCAUUCUCUCGGCUGGUACCUUCACCGGUGCUCUCGCCGGUGCUCCCAUCUCGGACAUCCUCGGUCGACGAUGGGGUAUGCAGGUUGCUCUUCUCGUCUUCACCGUCGGUGUGAUCAUGCAGACCGCCACCACCGACCUCGGUGUUUUCAUCGGUGGCCGUGUCAUUGCCGGUCUCGGUGUCGGUAUCCUUUCCACCAUUGUCCCCAUGUACCAGUCCGAGACCGCUCCCCGAUGGAUCCGUGGUGCCGUCGUCUCCGGCUACCAGUGGGCUAUCACCAUCGGUCUCCUUUGCGCUUCCCUCGCCUCGUACGGCACUGCCGAUCGCCAGGACACUGGCUCGUGGCGUAUCCCCGUUGCCAUUCAGUUCGCCUGGGCCAUCAUCCUCUCUGCCUUCUUCGUCUUCCUCCCUGAGUCGCCUCGAUGGCUCGUCAAGAAGGGCAACCACGAGCGCGCUGCCAAGUCGCUCGCCCGCCUCAACUCGACCGAUGCCGACGACCCGGUUGUUCGCUCCGAGCUCUCGGUCAUCCAGACCAACCUCGACAUUGAGCUUACCCACUCCACCGGCUCGUACCUCGACUGCUUCAAGUUCAACGACCGAAAGUACUUCCUUCGCUCGUUCACUGGUAUCUUCAUCCAGGCCUUCCAGCAGCUCACCGGUAUCAACUUCAUCUUCUACUUCGGCACUCGUUUCUCCGCCUCGGCCCUCCCCAACUCGAACCCCUUCAUCUUCUCGGUCAUCUACAACGUUGUCAACGUCGUCUCCACCGUUCCCGGCAUGUACAUGAUGGAGCGUCUCGGCCGUCGUAAGCUCCUCAUCUGGGGUGCCGUCUGGAUGUGCCUCUGCGAGCUGAUCGUUGCCGUCGUUGGUACCACCGUCCCCGUCUCCAACACCUCGGGUGGCAAGACGCUCGUCGCCUUCGUCUGCAUCUACAUUGCCGGUUUCGCCGCCACCUGGGGCCCUGCCGCUUGGGUCGUUUGCGGUGAGAUCUUCCCCCUGGCCAUCCGUGCCAAGGCUCUCUCGCUCUGCACUGCCUCCAACUGGCUCUGGAACUUCGGUAUCGGCUACGCCACCCCUUACCUCGUCGACGAGGGACCGGGCCGCGCUGGUCUUGGCACCAAGGUCUUCUUCAUCUGGACCGCCACCUGCGCCUGCUGCGCCGUCUUUGCCUACUUCUUCAUUUUCGAGACGCGUCUGCUCUCGCUCGAGGAGGUCGACGAGAUGUACUCGCAGACCACCGCCCUCAAGUCGAGCCGUGCCAACGCCGAGAUGCGCGCCCGCCGCUCCGACCUCGAGGGUGCCGUCGCUCCCCCCAAGGACGACGAGCUCGCCACCCACGACGAGAAGAAGAACUAA